UGUGAUUGGUCGACCAUCCAAUGGGUUCGAUGGUGUAAGCCAUAGCGAAACCAUAUUGGAAUAUUUACCGCUUCAUAAUAGUUCAUGUCUUAGAAGUUUGCUGUAAAUUUGAAAAAACUAUUAUCAUGUAUUGUUUUUAUGUGAGCAUGAUUACUUAAUAAUGACAUCUCAUAAGCAAAAACAUGUCGUGCAUUGGUUUCGAAAAGGUCUACGCCUGCAUGAUCAACCAGCACUAAGAGAAGGUUUACAAGGGGCUACAACUUUGCGCUGCGUUUUUAUUUUGGAUCCUUGGUUUGCUGGUUCUUCAAAUGUCGGAAUAAAUAAAUGGAGAUUCCUUCUGCAAUGUCUAGAGAAUUUAGACAGCAACUUAAGAAAGUUGAAUUCUCGUUUAUUUGUUAUAAGAGGUCAACCAGCUGAUGUUUUUCCUCGUCUCUUUAAAUUAUGGAAAACUACACAUCUCACCUUCGAAAAAGAUCCCGAACCAUAUGGACGGAUUCGGGAUCACAACACCACAACUAUGGCACAAGAAAAUGGUGUUACAGUUAUAAGUCGCACAUCACAUACAUUAUAUAGGCUAGAAAAAAUUGUACAGAAAAAUGGAAACAAAUCUCCAUUGACAUAUAAACAAUUCCAAAACAUCCUGGCCAACAUGGAACCUCCUCCACCUCCACAACCACGCAUAACUCUUGAAGACAUGGGCAGCUGUUACACUCCUAUAGCUGAUGAUCAUGAUGAGAAAUAUGGAGUUCCAACUUUAGAGGAAUUGGGUUUUGAUACUGAAAACUUGAAACCACCUGUAUGGAUAGGAGGUGAAACUGAAGCUUUAGCUCGUUUAGAAAGGCAUUUAGAACGGAAGGCUUGGGUUGCAAGUUUUGGCAGGCCAAAAAUGACACCUCAAUCCCUUCUGCCAAGUCAAACAGGUUUAAGCCCUUACUUGCGUUUUGGAUGCCUAUCAGCAAGACUAUUUUAUCAAGAAUUGACCGAGUUGUAUAGAAAGAUAAAGAAAGUUAACCCACCGCUUUCUCUUCAUGGUCAGAUCUUGUGGCGAGAGUUCUUUUAUUGUGCAGCAACAAACAAUCCAAAAUUUGAUCACAUGAUUGGAAAUUCGAUGUGUGUUCAAAUACCUUGGGAUACUAAUUCUGAAGCUUUAGCGAAAUGGACCAAUGGCCAGACUGGUUUCCCUUGGAUUGAUGCUAUAAUGACACAAUUACGAGAAGAAGGUUGGAUCCAUCAUGUUGCAAGGCAUGCUGUUGCAUGCUUUUUAACUCGGGGAGAUCUUUGGAUAUCAUGGGAAGAAGGCAUGAAGGUAUUUGAUGAAUUGCUGUUAGAUGCAGAUUGGAGUGUAAAUGCUGGUUCCUGGAUGUGGUUAUCAUGUAGUUCCUUUUUUCAACAGUUUUUCCAUUUGUAUUGUCCAGUAAGAUUUGGCAGAAAAGCUGAUCCAAAUGGAGAUUACAUAAGAAGGUACUUACCAGUACUGAAAAACUUUCCCACCAAAUAUAUUCAUGAACCAUGGGUUGCUCCAGAAAAAGUACAGAUUGCAGCUAAAUGUAUUAUUGGCAAAGAUUAUCCUAUGCCAAUGGUAAAUCAUCAAGAAGUGAGCCAUAUCAAUUUAGAGAGGAUGAAGCAAGUUUAUCAACAACUCAGCCAUUAUAGGGGAGCAAGCAUGUAUAGUAGUUCUCACAUUCAACAAACAAAUCAAAGAGAAAGUGAUGAUGGUUAUCCUAAGAAUGCUAAACGGCGUGCUGUUGAAUAUCCAGAUGAUUCAGGCCAAGUUCAAAAGAGAGAUACUACAUUGAAAUAAGAACUGUUUAUAUUUCUACAAAGUAUUGCCCUCAUAAUGAAGUCUUUCAGUUGUAUUUGUGCUGUUCUGGUCUACUUUGGAAGCAACAUUCCACAGGACUUAUAAAUUCAUUCUAAUGUGUCAUGUUUCUCAAGCCCAGCAUGAAGCUGUUAAAAAAUUCAAAUCAUGGAAUUUGAAAGUUCAAGAAUAACAAUAUGUUAAUUUUUGAAAUUCUUGCUGAUAUACUUCAAAAUUGUUUUAAAUUUUGAAUGUAUUCAAUUGUUAGUUUAUUGAAUAAUUUUAAAAUUUUAUUCAUUAAAUUAGGUUUUUAUUUCUAGUUUCAUUUUUAAGAAGUGUUAUUUUAUAACUUUUAAAGUAAUUAAAAUGUGUUAUGAUUCCCAUUCUUUUGAUAAGAAGCUAUUCUAUUAAAAGAAAUCUGACAAAUUUAAUACAUGAAAUCAAAGAUGUGUAUUUUAAAGAUUAAAAAAA